CCGGCGGAGGAGAAACUCUGAGCUGAUACGGGUUACCAAGAAAACACUGAAAGUGAAAGCGUUCUGUCAGUCAGAGUUUAGCCUCCAUUUUGAGUGGACAGAGCAGAAGGACAAACACGUCUGAGAAUCAGAAGAUGAGUGAUCGAGGGGGCAAAGAGGAGGACAGAGCAGAGUCUCCUCUGUCCAGCUGUCUCUCUAUGAAGAGUGACCUGUCUAAAGAUGCUCCUCCAGACUUCAGUAAUGAACCAGGACCCUCAGAACAGAAGACGAGUUAUCGAGGAGACGAAGUUGAGGACAGAGCAGAGUCUCCUCUGUCCAGCUGUCUCUCUAUGAAGAGUGACCUGUCUAAAGAUGCUCCUCCAGACUUCAGUAGUGAACCAGGACCCUCAGAACAGAAGACGAGUUAUCGAGGAGACGAAGUUGAGGACAGAGCAGAGUCUCCUCUGUCCAGCUGUCUCUCUAUGAAGAGUGACCUGUCUAAAGAUGCUCCUCCAGACUUCAGUAAUGAACCAGGACCCUCAGAUCAGAAGACGAGUUAUCGAGGAGACGAAGUUGAGGACAGAGCAGAGUCUCCUCUGUCCAGCUGUCUCUCUAUGAAGAGUGACCUGUCUAAAGAUGCUCCUCCAGACUUCAGUAAUGAACCAGGACCCUCAGAUCAGAAGACGAGUUAUCGAGGAGACGAAGUUGAGGACAGAGCAGAGUCUCCUCUGUCCAGCUGUCUCUCUAUGAAGAGUGACCUGUCUAAAGAUGCUCCUCCAGACUUCAGUAAUGAACCAGGACCCUCAGAUCCACAAAUAACAAAGGGGUCUGUUUCUGUGGAGGAGCAGCUGUCCAGCUGUGCUUUGUGUCAGGACGUCCUGAGUGAUCCAGUUUCUACCAGCUGUGGACACUGGUUCUGUAGACAGUGCCUCACCUCAUACUGGGACCAGUCUACUUCAUCAGGAGAGACCUCCUGUCCCCAGUGUGGAGAACGAUCUAAAAUAAGACGAGGACUGCAGAUAUCCAGUCAGUCCAGCACUGUAAUAAUAGAUAGAGGUCUGCAGGAGGUUACAGAUGAACAUAAGAUCAUUCUGAGGAGGAGAUGUGAACAUGUGACUGAAGGAAGUGAUGAAACAGGAAGUAGAACCCUUCUCAACAGGAUCUACACUGAGCUCUACAUCACAGAGGGACAGAGUGAAGAAGUGAACACCCAACAUGAGGUGAGACAGCUUGAGACAGCUUCCAAGGUGAAGGCCCUCCAUGAGACUCCAAUCAAGUGCCAGGACAUCUUCAAAGCCUUACCCAACCAACAGAAACACAAGACAGAAGCUCAACCUGACCAACAGAAACCCAUCAGAGUGGUUCUGACAAACGGCGUCGCUGGUGUUGGAAAAACCUUCUCAGUGCAGAAGUUCACUCUGGACUGGGCAGAGGGCUUAGAGAACCAAGACGUCUGUCUGGUGAUCCUGCUUUCAUUCAGGGAGCUGAACUUGAUCAGAGAUAAGGAGUACAGUCUUCUUAAGCUGCUCCGUGUUUUCCAUCCAACAUUACAGAAGGUCACAGCAGAGACGCUCGCUGUCUGUAAACUGUUGUUCAUCUUUGACGGUCUGGAUGAAAGCAGACCGUCGUUGGACUUCAAAAACAGUGAGGUUGUGUCUGAUAUCACAAAGAAAUCACCGUUAAACACACUGUUGACAAACCUCAUCAAGGGGAAUCUGCUUCCCUCAGCUCUUAUCUGGAUAACUUCUCGACCUGCAGCAGCCAAUCAGAUCCCUCCUGCAUGUGUUGACAGGGUAACUGAAGUACGAGGCUUCACUGACGCCCAGAAGGAGGAGUACUUCAGGAGGAGGUUCAGUGAUGAUGAAGAUCUGUCCAGCAGAAUCAUCUCACACAUCAAGACAUCCAGGAGCCUCCACAUCAUGUGUCUGAUCCCGGUCUUUUGCUGGAUAACUGCCACAGUUCUGGAGCAUAUGAUGAGCACAGAGCAGAGAGGAGAGCUGCCCAAGACCCUGACUGACAUGUACUCACAUUUCCUGCUGGUUCAGACAAAGAGGAAGAAGCACAAGUAUGAUGAGGGACGUGAGACAAGUCUACAUGAGCUGAUGGAGGCUGAUGGGGAAGUUCUUCUGAAGCUGGGGAGGCUGGCGUUUGAACAUCUGGAGGAUGGAAACAUCAUGUUCUACAAAGAAGACCUGGAACAUUGUGGUCUUGAUGUCACAGAGGCCUUGGUUUACUCAGGAGUUUGUACAGAGAUCUUCAAAAGAGAGUGUGUGAUCCUCCAGAAAACGGUCUACUGCUUUGUUCAUCUGAGCAUUCAGGAGUUCCUGGCUGCAGUCUACAUGUUCCAUUGUUUGACAAACAGGAAAAGAGAGGCUUUCCUUAAAGACAACAACAUAAUUUUUCAAACUCCUGAAAGCGAUGAGUUAUCCCUGGAUGUCUUCCUGAGGACUGCCAUGGACAAAUCCUUGAAAAGUAAAAAUGGUCACCUGGACCUGUUUGUUCGCUUCCUUCAUGGCCUCUCUCUGGAGACCAACCAGAGACUCUUAGGAGGCCUGCUGGGUCGGAGAGACAACAGUCCAGAAAUGAUCCAGAGAGUCAUCAAAAACCUGAAGGAUAUGAACAGUAGAGGUAUCUCUCCUGACAGAAGCAUCAACAUCUUCCACUGUCUGAUGGAGAUCAACGACCUCUCAGUACAUCAGGAGAUCCAAGAGUUCCUGAAGUCAGAGAACAGAUCAGAGGAGAAACUCUCUGAGAUCCAUUGCUCUGCUCUGGCUUACAUGCUGCAGAUGUCAGAGGAGGUUCUGGAUGAGCUGAACCUGAAGAAGUACAACACAUCAGACCAGGGACGACUGAGACUGAUUCCAGCUGUGAGGAACUGCAGGAAGGCAAAGUUUAUUAACUGUCGACUGUCAGAGACUCACUGUGAAGUCGUGACCUCAGCUCUGAAGUCCAACCCCUCCCAUCUGAGAGAGCUGGACCUGACCUCCAACAAGCUGCAGGAUUCAGGAGUGAAGCUGCUCUGUGCUGGACUGAAGAGUCCAAACUGUAGAUUGGAGACUCUGAGAUUGUGGAGCUGCAGUUUGUCAGAAAUCAGCUGUUCUUCUCUGGCCUCAGCUCUGAAGUCCAACCCCUCCCAUCUGAGACAUCUGUACCUGAAUAACAACAAGCUGCAGGAUUCAGGAGUGAAGCUGCUGAGUGAUUUUCUGCAGAGUCCAAACUGUAGACUGGAGACUCUGAGUUUGAUGAACUGUGGUUUGUCAGAGAUCAGCUGUUCUUCUCUGGCCUCAGCUCUGAAGUCCAACCCCUCCCAUCUGAGACAUCUGUACCUGAAUAACAACAAGCUGCAGGAUUCAGGAGUGAAGGUGCUGUGUGAGGGACUGCAGAGUCCAAACUGUAGACUGGAGACUUUGAGAUUCUGUGACUGCAGUUUGUCAGAGAUCAGCUGUUCUUCUCUGGCCUCAGCUCUGAAGAACAACCCCUCCCAUCUGAUAGAGCUGUACCUGAAUAACAACAAGCUGCAGGAUUCAGGAGUGAAGCUGCUGAGUGAUUUUCUGCAGAGUCCAAACUGUAGACUGGAGACUCUGAGAUUGUGGAGCUGCAGUUUGUCAGAGAUCAGCUGUUCUUCUCUGGCCUCAGCUCUGAAGAACAACCCCUCCCAUCUGAGACAUCUGUACCUGAAUAACAACAAGCUGCAGGAUUCAGGAGUGAAGCUGCUGAGUGAUUUUCUGCAGAGUCCAAACUGUAGACUGGAGACUCUGAGUUUGAUGAACUGUGGUUUAUCAGAGAUCAGCUGUUCUUCUCUGGCCUCAGCUCUGAAGUCCAACCCCUCGCAUCUGAGAAUUCUGAACCUGAGUAAGAACAAGCUGCAGGAUUCAGGAGUGAAGGUGCUGUGUGAGGGACUGCAGAGUCCAAACUGUAGACUGGAGACUUUGAGAUUGAGGAGCUGCAGUUUAUCAGAGAUCAGCUGUUCUUCUCUGGCCUCAGCUCUGAAGAACAACCCCUCCCAUCUGAUAGAGCUGGACUUGGAAUCCAACAAGCUGCAGGAUUCAGGAGUGAAGCUGCUGAGUGAUUUUCAGGCGAAUCCAGACUACAGACUAGAGACUCUGCUAUCAACAGCGGCUGGGGAUGAUGAGAGUUUAAAGAAAGGAUCCUGCUGAUCACAGAGCUGGAACAGAAUCUGGGCUGGUUUUUCAUGAGUCUGUAACUGGGCCGUGUUACUGGGGGACUGACAGACCAAUCACAGCGCAGAUGACUCUCAGUGCUGCAGUCUGAGCUGCUCUGAGAUCAGCUCUACCGUCACACACAGGACCAUGAUCUCGGACAUUUUUCUAUUCUCAUAUUCUGAAUUUAAACUGCUUUAUGACUCAACGACUGAAGAUGAACUCUUUGAUUUGGAUAUAAAUGUUUACGUUGCAGCGCCACCCUGUGGACAUUUUAUUUUAUUUUAUUUUAUUUUUUUAACCAGGAGAACCUCAUUGAGAUUGAGAAUCUCAUUUACAAGAGCGUCCUGGUCAAGAGGGGCAGCAGCGCAGCAAGAAUUUACAGACAUAAAACACAGAGUAAUUACAAACACAGUUUAACAUGUCCUGAGUCACAGAGCACAAAGUCAUCAGUCAAAACAUCUACAUCCUGAAGCAUCUUCCUCACACACCUUCAAUCUACUUUUAAAAUGAUUUAAAUAGACCAGCUCCCCCAGACACAGAUCAUCCUGCAGGAGAUUCCAGGCCGCUGGAGCAGCGUACCUGAAACUCCUUUUCCCCAUUUCAAGACGCACUUUGGGAACAGACAACAACAAGUUUUGUGACUGGGUUGCAGAGUGAAGACUGUGUCUUCCAGCACCUUUCACAUGAAUGCAGUUACACAAGUAAGCAGGUUAAGUAAAGCCUUAUAAAUAAGGACAUGCCAAUGAGUUUGUCUACACUGAGACAAUGCAGGGCAGCCGACUCGAUCGUACAGUCAAUGAUGAGUCAGAGUCCUGAGAUUUUUAUAAAUCUCAAUGCACCAUGAUAUACAGUAUCCAAAGAUUUUAGACACUGAGAAGAUGCAUGCAUAUAGAAAACAUCACCAUAAUCAAUCAGGGGCAUGAAAGUAGCAGCAACAAGUUGUUUUUUGCAGCAAAAGAAAAAGAAGAUUUGUUUCUGAAAUAAAAACCCAGCUGCACCUUAAGCUUCGUUACAAGUUGCUGAAUAUGAAGCUUGAAAGACAGAGUAUCAUCAAUUACGAAUCCAAGGUAUUUAUAAGAUGAUACAGACUCGAUCACAUCACCUUGAGAUGUAACAAUAGAAGGCAGGUUUAGCAGCUUUUUCUUUGAGUUUGAAAACAUCAUGAGUUCUGUUUUAUCAGGAUUCAAAAUCAAUUUCAGUUCCUGAAGAGUGUCCUGUACAGAAUCAAAGGCCUUUUGUAGUGACAGAGAGCCUGAUGCUGUGUAGGAGCGGAGCAAUAAAUAACUAUCAAAAAGUAGUGCUAAGGUUGUUGAAUGAAAAUCACUUUCUAGACACUUUUUCGUGGUUCACCUUGUGGCCUGUAUGUUGAAAUAACGGCUUCUCUCACCCAAAUGCAGCAGCCAGUAUGUGCUCAUUCUAAGUUUACAUCACAAGUUUACACCAGAAUGGUCUGUAUUUUAUCUGAGCAAAGAAGGUAGGUGGUUUUUAGACAUAACUCGGUUUGCAAGGUUGUGCCUCCUCUGUUCUUGUGUUGCAGGUUGGUGGCUGUCAUCAGUCUGACUGGGAGCACCUGGGCCCAGUGCUCCCAGUCAGGAUAUAAACUGCCACUUCACUCUACUCGGAGAGACAUGGAGAAGGAGAUUGAGGAGAGAGCAGUGGUUCCUUAAUGUUCCGUCUAAUUUUGAUUAGUGUAUUAGUGUGCUGUCAAUAAAUGUGUAUUGUUGAGGGUA